AUGGCUUCCGUCGGCUCCCCGCUUGCCCGCCCCGAACUCCUAAUGGCAGUUCGUAACGAGCACAACAAGCCUGCCGUAUUCCGGUCCCUCCUCGUCAUCCGUCUCCUCAACGCCUGGUGGGUCCUUACCUUUUUCCAGCCCGACGAGUACUUCCAGGCCCUCGAGCCCGCCUGGCGCAUGGCCUUUGGCGAAAGCGGCGGUGCGUGGAUUACUUGGGAAUGGAGGAACCAGCUCCGCUCCUCGCUGCAUCCCGCCCUCUUCGCCGGCGUCUAUUACCUCGCGGAUUUCGUCGCCCGCCCGCUCCCGUUCGCCAGGCCAUGGCUCCUGCUCGCCGCCCCGAAGGCCGCUCAGGCUGUCUUCGCUGCCGCCGGUGACUGGUACACCUGGCAGUUGGCCGUAAAGAUCUACGGUGCCGACAGCUCCAUCUCAUGGUUUGCUCUAUUCAUGAGCAUGUUCAGUCCUUUCCAAUGGUACUGCUCAACGAGAACAUUCUCCAACUCGCUGGAGACCACUCUCACCGUCAUGGCCCUCAACUACUGGCCGUGGGAGCUCCUCGGUGAAAGCAGGCCCGAGAAGGAGAAUCCCAAGCCUGCAAAGUCAAUUCUGCACGCACCAGGAGUACUGAUGAGCCUUCGCUUAUCCCUCACUCUCGCGGCCAUCGCUGUUCUGCUUCGCCCAACCAACGUGAUAAUCUGGGCAACAGUCGCAAUAGCCACACUGGCUCGGCCCCUCUUCACUCGAUCCUCCGUCCUCACGGCGCAGACAUUUCUCAUUCUUAUUCGUGAGGCCAUCUUCUGCGGCACCGUCGUGAUCUCCCUCUCUCUCGCCUCGGACCGUCUCUACUUUGGCCACUGGGCCUUCCCGCCCUACAAGUUCCUCUACUUCAAUCUCUCACAGUCCCUCGCUGUCUUCUACGGCCGCAAUGACUGGCACUAUUAUCUCUCCCAGGGCCUGCCCCUCCUCUCCAUCGCCUACCUCCCCUUCGUCCUCGCCGCCCUCUACCGCCCGCCGUCGACACCAUCCGGGACCCGCACCCAAACUCUCAAGACUCUUUCGCGGAUAGUCUACAUCGUUAUCGCGACGCUCUCCCUCGUCUCUCAUAAGGAGGUCCGCUUCAUUUAUCCCCUCCUCCCGGUUCUUCACGUCCUCGCCGCCUCGCCCUUGACCAGCUUCUUCACCUCGCCGGCCCCGUCGCCAACCCCCAAGUCCCCGCUCCCCAAGCCCAGACUCCGGCACAAACGCCUUCUGACCUCCGCUCUGGCCCUACACGCUCUCCUCUCCUUCUUCCUCACCCUGCUCCACCAGCCCGCACCCCUAACCGUCCUCGCCUUCCUCCGCAACUCCUACUCCCGACUCCACACCGCAACGUCCGUCUCCUCCAGCCCCAUCUCCGUGGCCUCGGCAGUCACGAACUCAUCGUCCGAAGAGCUCUUCGCCCUCUUCCUUAUGCCAUGCCACUCGACCCCCUGGCGUUCACACCUGAUCUACCCGACCCUUCGUGCCCGCGCCCUGACCUGCGAGCCGCCGCUCCACACAGCCCCCAACACCCCGGAGCGCAUCGACUACCGCGAUGAGGCGGACCGCUUCUACGACGAUCCCCAGCACUUCCUGGCCACUGAGAUGUGGCCAGUCGCCGCGAAGCACACAGGUGACCCCGACGCAGACAUGAACGCGUCAUUGGCACCGUCCGCAAAGGCCGAGGACAUCCCUCGCUACAUCGUCGGCUUCGAGGGCAUCGAGCCGUGGCUCCUCGACUUCUUUGACGGGCCCCGCGGCCGAGAUUUUGGCGUCCGCCCGAAGCGCGUCUGGCAAGGUUGGAACGGCUUCUUCAAUGAGGACUCCCGGCGUCGGGGGAAGAUCGUUGUCUGGGAUACGGGCCUUUACACCACCGUUUCAUGA